UACAGUGAACAACAAGCGUGUUUGUUGCGUGGAGGUGGCAUUAUUUAGCAAACGAUAGGCGGCGCUCUUACGAGGUGAGUUGUUCAAGUGCAAUUCGUGGGGCACACUGUAAUCACUUGGCCAAAUUGCGAUAAGACGAACCAGAUCCUCCACGCUGUACCGAACAGUCAGCCCAGUGCGCGGUUAUAAAAGACCUCCGCUGCAUCGGGCAGAAAGAGCUUCGCGAUGCGUGGCGUGGCGCACUUCGUAGCUGUGCUUCUCGUUUCAGUAUACCCGGUGCUCUUGCACGGUCUCAAUCUCACUCGGGAACUCCAAGAUUUCGUGAGCACCCUAGAAAAGUAUGCCAAGCAGAAGAACGACAUCGUGUUUGUGCUCGAUGAGUCUGGCAGCAUCGGGGCAGAAAACUUCCCGGCGGAGCGGACUUUCACCGAACUGAUGGCGCGCUUUCUGGUGGUGUCGGAGGACUUCUCGCGGCUCACGGUGAUCACCUUCUCCAAUGACAACUUCAAGCACAUCGACCAAAUCGCCGACGGCGGCAACAUGUGCGGCUUCGUGCAGCAGGUGAACCAGAUCCCGUACCGCACAGGCGGCACGAGGACCAAAGAGGCGCUGCAGUAUGCCAGCAGUCUGCUACGCAACGGCCGGACGAAUGCCAAUCGUAUAAUCGUUCUCAUAUCGGACGGGCAGGCGAAUAGCGGCUCCGAGCCAAACUACGUUGCCAGCGUCCUCAAGUCCCAGGGCAUCACAAUAUUCGCAGUGGGUGUCGCUGGUAUCAACAAGGAUGAGCUCGAAGCUGUCGCGACGUCGCAGAAGCACAUCUACAUGCUCCGAGACUUUGCGUACAUCAAACAAGUGAACAACGACCUUCGGACAGACAUCCAUGAGAGCCAGUGGGACGCUGUCGCCGUCCAGGAGUGUCUCCGUGAGAGCGGUCAGUGCGACUCCAACGCCAUCUGUGCGUGCGGUGCCCAGGGGGGAACCCACCGCUGCGUCUGCAAGCAAGGCUACGAAGGAGGCGGCACACUGGGCAACUGCCAGCGUUGCGGCCGCGGCACGUACAAGGAGCGCGCCGGCUCUUACAACUGCAAGCCGUGCCCGCCCAACUCGACCACCAGCGGCGAGGGCUCCACGGCUGAGGCCCAAUGCUCCUGCAUUCCAGGCUACGAGGGCGAUCCCGGAGGUCACGUGCCAUGUCGCCCCAUCAAGUGCGCCCCACUCUCGGACCCGACCGGCGGAAGCACCAUUCCGCGCAAGUGCGGUAACAGCUUCGGAGACCAGUGCCACUUUCUGUGCAAAGAAGGACACUGCCCCUACCAGUGCGACCGGGCCAUGCUGGCCGCUGGCGACCUGCCCUGGAACCGCGUGGCCAAAGAACCCCGCAUCUGCCAGGCAGACAAGACCUGGUCCGGGCCGGAGUUCUUCUGCGAGAAGGUGCGCUGUCCAGCCCUUCAGCCUCCGGCCAAUGGCGCUCUCAAUUGCUCAAGCACCACACUCGAAUUCGGCACCACGUGCACACCGAGCUGCAACCUGGGGUACAACAUCACAGGUGGUGACCCCUACCUGACAUGCUCCGUUCGCGGCAGCUGGAAUGGCCAGAUGCCCGUGUGCAAAGUUGUCGAGUGUCAAGCCCUCAAAGUAAACGACAAGCUCCAAGUCAGCCCCGGUAACUGCAAGAAGCGACCAUCGGCUUACGACUUUCUAUGCCAGUACCACUGCAAGGAAGGCUGGGCCCUGGUUGACAGGGACACCAAGAAGCCAGUCGACGGAGUGCGCAAAUGCUUAGCAGACGGGACAUGGCUGAACGCUAAGCAAAAGAUAACAUGCCAAGAUGCGCAAAAGCCUACGAUUGUGAACUGCCCUCAAGACAUGACGGUCUACAAUGCCCCGCGGAGCCCGUUCUCCGGUCCAGUGGAGUGGACAGAACCUGCGUCCACCGACAAUUCCGGCUCGUCCACCGUGAAGCUCGUGUUCCCGCUCGAAAUCACGACGCUGCCGCACGAGUUCCCGAUAGGAGAGCACGACAUUCGAUACGUUGCCACGGACGCUGAGGGUCUCGCGUCGGACCCGUGCGCGUUCAAGGUGUUCGUGAUUGAUGUAGAAGAGCCAAUGGUCACCUUCUGUCCGGACAACAUUUUAACGGUGUCUGGAACGCGUGAAACUAACGUCACUUGGGAAGAACCAAAAUUCCUGGACUACGGGCCCGGAGAGCUGAAGGUCGUCGCUGACAGAGAACCAGGUAGCGCUUUCAGCUGGGGACCGCCAAGCACUGUCACGUACCAGGCGACGGACGCAUCCGAGAACGCCGCGACCUGCUCAUUCCAGGUUAUUGUGAAACCUUACAAGUGCCCUUAUGUCCCACCGCCGAAACACGGCUUCGUGACGUGCGACUCGGAGACUGAGCGUCAAUUCUGCAGUGUUUACUGCGAUCAAGGCUACGAGUUCGUCUUCAAGCCAGAAGCUCUCUAUCGAUGCAAGCAGACAAAACAGGGAGGACACUGGAGCACUUUCUCGAGAAAACAGAAAUUGAAAUUCCCAUGGCCAGAUUGUGCGGUUUCGUCAAGGAGCAAGAAGACAGACUUUACCGUAGAUUUCAAGUUUGCUACAAACUCCUGCCAAAUAAGCGAAAAGCGCAAGGCUGAGCUGAAGAAAAGGUUCUUCGAAAAGUUGUCCAAGCAGCUAGCGCGGUUCCCUGGGAUGUGCGAAGCCAGCCGGGGCUGCACGGUCGACAACGUGGACAUUGCGUGCGACGCCAAGAAGCCGCUGGACAAUGUCCCCAGAGUGCAGAGGAGGGACACCGGCGUCCGCGUCGCCAGGAGCCAGUCCGACGACGAGUUCGACCUCAAGAUCUCCUUCAGGAUUCCUUUUGAUGGCGACUUUAAUGCAACGCACUUGGUGGAAACUUGCCAGCAAUGCAAGAACGCCAGCCUUUUUCACCCGAGCACAGCUGAAGAAGCGGCACUUACAGAGAUUCUAGAGGAAGCAUCGAUGGAAGCUGUGAAUAGCACCGUGGCCGAACUGCUGCCGGAGGCCUUCCUCGUGGAAUCAACGCACUCAAUAAAAUCUGUUUGCGGAAGAGGCCAGGUCUCCAAUGGACUUUUGUGCGUGAACUGCCCCGUGGGGACCUUCUACGGCAACGAGCCGAGCUGCACGCCGUGCCCAAUAGGAACGUACUCCGACCGGGAAGCAGCCGACUCGUGCGUUCCCUGCCCGGCCAACAAGACAACUCUUACGGAAAAGGCGAGCUCUGAAUCUGAAUGCCGAGCGCUCUGCAAGCCUGGGACCUGGUCCACAACCGGCAAAGAGCCGUGCAUUGCAUGCGGUACGGAUGCUUACCAGGACCAGAACGGCCAGACAUCGUGCAAGAAAUGCCCAGCCGGCUUGUCGACAGGGCAAUGGAGUGCCGACUCUUCCACGUCCUGCAGAGAUAUCUGCGAUGCUGGAACGUACUCUAAAAACGGACUCAAGCCCUGCACCGCCUGCCCCAUUGGCCAUUAUCAACCCGGUAGAAACCAAAUUGCCUGCAUUGCAUGCGACGCCGGACUCAGUACGCAAGCCACCGGCGCCAUCAGCAAGUCCGACUGCGUGGCGCCGGACCAUUGCAAGCGGCUGCUGCCGUGCGCCAAUGGGUCGACGUGCGUGGACGAGCCGAGCGGCUACCGGUGCUUGUGCCCCGCCGGUCUGAGCGGCCCCCGCUGCGAGCUGGACGCGGACGACUGCGCGCCGGGCUUGUGCCAGAACGGCGCCACGUGCAUCGACGGCCGGGACUCGUUCAGCUGCCUCUGCCCGCCGGGAUACGCGGGCAGCUCGUGCGAGAUCGACGAAGACGACUGCGCUUCCGCUCCCUGCCUGAACGGCGCCACGUGCAUCGAUGGCGUCAACGAGUUCAGCUGCCAGUGCGCCAGGGGCUUCACUGGCAAGCGUUGCGAGGCGGCCUUCCACGAUUGCGCCAUGAUGCCCUGCCGAAACGGUGGAUCUUGCUUCGAGAGCUUCGCGACCUCGCAGGGCUUCCGCUGCUGCUGCCCGAAGGGUUUCGCGGGCGAGAGGUGCGAGGUGGUGCGGCGCGCCUGCUCGCCCAACCCGUGCGCCAACAACGGCACGUGCGUCGUCACCAGGGACGACACCUUCGAGUGCGCCUGCGCGCCAGGCUACGAGGGCGACCUGUGUGAGCGAGACGUGGACGAGUGUGCCUCGCAGCCGUGCCUCAACGGCGGCACCUGCAUGGACGGCCGCCACUCGUUCACCUGCAGCUGCAGCGGACUCUACGAGGGCGCCACGUGCGCCGCCGUACGUUCGUCGCAGUUCUACCUGCACUUCCGGAACGCGUCCGUGCUGAACUUCGCCAUGCUUCCGGUGCAUCGUGCCCUGCGCGCCCUCACGCUGUCCUUCUACAUGAAGACCUCGCAGGUCAAGGAGCGUGGCACCGUGGUCUCCUACGCGUUCGUCGACCCGCGCACCAAGAAGCUCCAAGACAACGCGCUCACCAUCUCGGACCCCAACCAGCUACUGCUGUACAUGUUCGGCGAGAGCUACGACACACAGACCGUGGCCAACGAUGGCCAGUGGCAUCACUGCGCGGUCACGUGGGACGGUGCGGACGGCCACUGGGUCUUCUACUGGGACCAGCGGGUGACUGGUGCACAGGACACCAGUGCGGCCGGCGAGUAUCUCUUCGCCGGUGUGCUGGUUCUGGGUCAGGACCAAGAUGACCUUGGCAGUGACUUCAACGGCAUCGAGGCCUACUCAGGACACGUGGCAGAGCUCAAUUUGUGGGAUUACGCCAUGUCUCCUGACGAGGUGAAGGAACUCUCCCUAACAUGCGGUCUAGCGGGCAACGUCGUCGCCUGGCCCGAACUUCGCCAAGUCGCCAGCAGUGGCCUCGUCAUUGAUGACCACGCAGAGCCGUGCAAAACUACCUCUAGCAGCGUGGAUGUUUCGUGCCACAGUGCCUCAAGCUCCUUCGAAAGCCGUACACGCUGUUCCCGAAGGGUGCCACCGUGCAACACGUCCCCAUGCCAGAACGAUCAGCCGUGUAUCGAGAAUGAGGAUGGUUCUUCGGAGUGUCGGUGCAACGAGUCGUACGAAGGCAGAUAUUGCCAGUAUGAUGUUGACGAAUGUUUAUUCGGAAGUCACAACUGUUCCCACCUGUGCGUCAACAUUCCGGGAUCGUACGCAUGCGCUUGUCCGGAAGGCAUGCUUCUCAAAGAAGAUGGCGCCACUUGUUUGGAUACCAGUUACUGCACCGACGGUCCGUCCACGUACCUCGAGGGAGAAUCGUGGCAGCGAGGUUGCCAACACUGUGCUUGUAGCAUGGGAGUGGCCACUUGCUCUCCCGUCGUCUGCCCAGCCGUGACCUGUGGCGCUGGCCAAGUCCUAUUCAAGGAGCCGGAUCAAUGCUGUCAGUCCUGCGUCAAAGAGCAACCCAAGUGUAUGGUACUGAAGAACAGCACCCUAGUCACAUUCGACGGGCUUUCGUUCCCCCUUAGCCAGGAAAGCGAGUACAUCAUGUUCCAAGACUGUCACCGCGGUACCUUCUACGGCCACAUCAGCCUCUUCAAACAAAAGGUCGCCGCGCACGUGUCCGUCCAUUGCCUGAGGGCCACGCUGUUCUCCAAUGGAAGUGCGGCGGUCGACGGCCAGCUCGUUCCGCUUCCGCACAGGGGAGAUGUGGCGCUCGAGGAGGCGCACGGUGGCGCGCUCGAGCUGCGCACCCGCCACGGCUUGGUGGUCGCGCUGCACGUGAAUGGCACCGUUGUCGCCUCGUUGCCGCACGGCUUCGACGGCAAGACGUGCGGGCUGUGCGGAAACGCUAAUGGCCAAGUCCGCGACGAUCUGACGACCAAGCACCACAUCAGUGCCAAAACAGCAGAGGAGUUCCUCACAAGUUGGAGGCUUCCUGCAAAAGACCGUGAAGGAAAGAAGAAUAAGUAUGCGGCCUGCAGCGACCUGCCUCACGCGGUGGCCAAGAAUGCGAUACAGACGUGCCGAAUGAUCAGAAACAACAAGAACCUGCAGGCCUGCCUCAAGCGCCUUGAAAACCCGUGGGUGUUCUUCGAGAACUGCGUCGACCAGAUGUGCUCAUGCCGAGGAAACGGUUACUGCUACUGCGAUGCAUUCGCUGCUUUCAAGUUGGCCUGCGAGCAGCGCAACAUAACAUUCAGCCAACUGCCCGGCAAAACUUGCGAGAGUCUGUGUCCGGCAGGAAUGGAGUUCCUGACGUGCGGACCCGUCAACAUUCCAAGAUGCUCGCCCCAAAACGAGAAGCUGGCCAGAGAUUCCUGUAUGCCUGGCUGUUUCUGCCCUCCGUUCAAAGUUCUGCACAAGGGGCAAUGCAUUGAGACAGAGUCGUGUCCAGCAACGCCUUGGCGUAAUUCCCGGAGAACGUAUAGUGCCAAUGAUGCUCCAUAAUUUCGGUUAUAGCAUGCCUGUACAUCACAGCGCCUUCUAUCACACAGGUCUAAUGACAUAGCUCAAUUCGCCUAUUGUGAAAUAAACUAUUUUCAAUUACGAAGCUAUGUAAAACAGCUCGACGUUUCGUUUCUUCCUUUUUGAAAUGCCUCUGAAGCAUUUAAAUAUCCCGAACCUUAUACAAUGAACUUGAUCAUUUUUCCUGUCGCAACAUAUAUUCUAGUCUACUCAGGCCGACGGUAUUGCAGCUGCAGUUGACUAGACUUCCUGGUGAAACUUGGUGGUGGGAAUGUACUUCAAUUUACAGGGUGUCCCUACUGACGUGAACCAGGAUUUAAAAAUAUGCAAAUGCCUCGUAGCCGGACAGACCGAAAGUAAUUUUGUUUACCGUCGCUUAGAGAUACUUAGAUUAUUUUUUGCAUUCCGUCUAAUUCCAUAAUUAGUCUUAAUUAUUCUACUUCCAAAAUAUUAUAAUUAUACGAAAAGUGUCAAUGAGAAAACUGUAAAGCAACAUGAAAAUUUCCCCAUAC